AUGUAUGUCUGCCCGGAGUGCCGGGAGGCAGGCGUUGCGCCCGAAGACGUAGACGGCAAGGUCCACGGCUCCCUCGUCGCAUGCGGUUUCUGCGGUGCCGUCGACGAGCGUGCAACCUACAGCCGCAACACCAUCGAUGUGUCUCACACCUUUGGCACACUCAUGAACGAGCACGGCACCUCCGACAUUCAGUUCCGCGAGUACAACGAAAAGACACAUGAAGAAUUCAUCAACCAGCUCCUCGACGUCUACCUCGUGGAUCCGACAUCCCGUCUCGUGGAGCGGUCGGCUGAGCACUUCAAGGCUGGAGCCAAGACCUGGUACAAUCGCAUGCGACACAAGGAGCAACGUGAUCACGGCUACAAGCACGCGCCCACUCGCAACAGCGCCAAAAAGGUCAAGUUCCGGCUGGCUGUCGCCAUCCAGUUUGCCAUCCAAGAGAGCAACAUCUUCGUGGUCAACAAUCGCCUGGCCCAUGUCAAGCCGCCUGAUCCGUCGGCUGCAUCGGCCUCCUCAUCCCGUGGCGAUGGCUCUGUCAUGGCCCCAUCCCUGGACUUUAUCUUUUCCCGUACCCAAUCGCUUGGGCCUGACCACAUUGGCUACCUCGAUAGCAUGGAUGCUCUGCGCCGUAUGCAGGUGCAAUUCAAAAAGCUCCUCGUUCGCAACUGGUCAGCAGUCGACAUUACAAUGGCCAACUUUUACGCCCUCUCGCAGCGCGUGCAACUGCUCCUCAAGCUGCCACCUGAUGUUCGUGUCCGCCACCUUCACAUUCGUGACCUCAAGCCUACCGCAUUGCGGAAGAAGAAGACAGUUGACACCGCUGGCGUGGACGACUUUGUCCUCGACUCCGAAUCUUGGGCGUACAUGUCCAAGGUAGACUGGAGUCAAGCCCUUGAAGUCGGUUACAACCUCUUCUGCGCUCAGCAGGUCGUCUGUCUCUGGGGCAACCUCUGUUCAGUCAACAUUGCAUCGGCGGUCUUUAUCUGGGCUAUUCAGGCAGUCGUCGGCACACCACUCCAGGCGAUGGUUGGGUGGACCAGGGAGCUCACGCUUCCCUAUGGCGGCAACAUGGAUAACUCUGUACGUCGAAGGAACGAACUCACAGACCAACUCAUCGGUUGGUCUACGAGCUUCCCCGAGGCUGGCAUCACUGUCCCCAUACUCGCUGCUCCACGUAAAGGUACCAUGGGUGACGGAAUCACCGGGUAUGCUAGCGACAAGCGUCGACCUAUCCCAGAGGCAGUCAUGUCUGUGGCUGCUGCCCCACUAGUGGCUGCAAACUGGCGCAAGAUCAUGUACACCCGCUUGAAGACGCGCACCAUGGCCCUGCCUCUCGACACCGAGUUUACGAUGGCCGCCAAGAUUUUUGCUCGUGUCUACGAUACCGACUUUAAGCUCAAGAAGGCAGCAGCCCAAAGCGCCAAAAUGCGAGCACGGAAGACUGCGUCCGCCCCAGCAUCACGCUUCGGCAGCAAGACCCCGUCUCGCUCGGGCUCUGCUGUUCCAGUGGACCGUUCCACCUCCCAGCCGCCAUCUGCAGUGUCCAGCCAAGCACAGAUGACGGCGCGCGGCACCACCCGUGAGGACAUGUUGCGACGGAUGAACGUCGCUAGCGCUGCGCGUGCCAAGUCACCCACGAUCGAAGCCAUGUUGGCCACUCGAGACGACUCGUCAGACGACGAAGUGGGUGGCGACUCGGACGACGAUUCAAUCCCACCGCCUCCAACUCGCGUCGCUGCUUGGAUGGAUUCAGAUUCUGGCUUGGGCACAUCUGAGGCUGGCAAGCCUGUCGCAUUCGGCUUCAGCAUUGGACCGGACGGAUUCCGUGUGGCUACCAAGGAGUCGGACCCGCGUGUUACAGUGCCCGUUGGUGCUGCUCAUGCUGUACCCAAGCGGCCAGGCGCUCCGGACUCGACUGGCAUGCACGCUCGCAAGCGGUUUCGUCUGGAACCUCCUGUUCCAAUGUCGCCUCCAGCAACCAGCCCAUCGUCUCGAGCUCCCUCUCCCAGCUUGACUGCCUACACUGACGCCCCCUCGGCCAAAUCGGCCCAUCCAUCCCCUUACCUGCCCCCACCCAGCCCCUCUCUUCGUGAGAUCAGCAUGUCGCCUGCCUUAACCGAGGCCACGGCUUCAGGAGCUGUACCUGUGGUGGAAACAGAGGCAACUCGUCACAUUGGCCUUCUCCUUCGCGAGCGUGAACAGUACGCUUUCUUCCAUCCGCGUUAUGAAGCUCGGAAGGGGAGGAUUUCUCCCGUUGCAGUACAGAACGCCAUGAACGCCUGGGUUACCGAUUCCAAGGCCAAAGGCAUCAUCCCUGCAAGUAUCACGCGCGACUACCUCUUCAGCCUUGGUAUCCGGGGCGACCCACGCAAGCAGGACUUGGGGCCAUUCAUCCGCGCUCAUGCCGAGGAGUGGUCGCCGGUCGAGAGCCUGCUCAGGCUGGGUAUCAAGCCGCUCGAGUUUCCGCCCCACCUCGUGGUCCACUCGGUCAUCGAUCUCCAACGCCAGCUCGGUCGCUCCUCACACUGGGAGGACAAACUGGCACCCAUCGGGGCAGCACUGGACGAUACCCAGCUCGACGCAGAGCUCGACAUCCUGUUCGCCCAGGGUGACGAGAAGUGGGCAGAACUUCUGUGCACUCCCGCAGAGGUGAAGAAGAAGGAACGUAUGUACCGCCAGCAAGGAGUCUGGGAUCACCCUCGCGAUGUCCCCGAGGGCCCAAAGGGAGCUCUCACAACGCCCAAGGAGCCUAAGAGUGGUGGAGCCGUUGGCGGGUCGGCACUCGCGACGAAGGCACGGGGAAGCACGCGUAUCAACUACGAUGCACUCCAGCGUCUGUGCUAUGGCCAAGACGAGGAGGAUGAGGGGGUUGAGGAGGCAGGUGGUAAUGACCAAGAUUACCGUGAAAUCCGAGGCGUUGUGCAAGAGACGCUGUGGGACGCGAUCGGGAACGACGCUGCGGCGAGCGACGACGACGACGAGGACCAGGAGGACGAUUGA